AUGCUUGCAAAUUACACAUGUUCUGGGCCAGAAGGAUAUAAGACAGAUUCUCGAUAUUUUAUCUAUGCAGUGACAUACACUGUAAUUCUUGUGCCAGGUCUCAUAGGGAACAUAUUAGCCUUAUGGGUAUUUUACGGCUAUAUGAAAGAAACCAAACGGGCUGUGAUAUUCAUGAUAAACUUAGCCAUUGCUGACUUACUGCAAGUUCUCUCCCUGCCACUGAGGAUCUUUUACUAUUUGAAUUAUGACUGGCCAUUUGGGCCUGGCCUCUGCAUGUUCUGUUUCUACCUGAAGUAUGUCAACAUGUAUGCAAGCAUCUACUUCUUGGUCUGCAUAAGCGUGCGACGAUUUUGGUUUCUCAUGUACCCCUUUCGCUUCCAUGACUGCAAACAGAAAUAUGACCUAUACAUCAGCAUUGCUGGCUGGUUGAUUAUCUGCCUUGCCUGUCUCCUCUUUCCUCUCCUCAGAACCAGUGAUGACAUCUCAGGCAACAGAACCAAAUGCUUUGUGGAUCUUCCUACCAGGAAUGUCAAUCUGGCCCACUCUGUUGCCAUGAUUACCAUUGGCGAGUUGAUUGGGUUUGUCACUCCUCUUCUAAUUGUUGUAUAUUGUACCUGGAAGACAGUUUUAUCACUGCAUGAUAAAUAUCCUGUGGCCCAAGACCUUGGGGAGAAAAAAAAAGCCUUGAAGAUGAUUUUAACCUGUGCAGGAGUAUUCCUAAUUUGCUUUGCACCAUAUCACUUCAGCUUUCCUUUAGAUUUCCUGGUCAAGUCCAACAAAAUUCAAAGCUGCCUAGCCAGAAAGGUGAUUCUAAUAUUUCAUUCUGUUGCCCUCUGUCUUGCGAGUCUGAAUUCCUGUCUUGACCCAGUCAUAUACUACUUCACCACUAAUGAGUUCAGAAGACGACUUUCAAGACAAGAUAGUAUCCAACUCUAUGUAAAAUCCUUUGUAAGCAACCAUACCACUUCUACUCUGACAACUGAAUUAUGCUAA